CAAUCUUUCCCAGUCAUGAACGUUUUCUCUAUAUAAACUUUCCCCACCACCCAAAAGCAAAGAAAACUGAGAGAGAGAGUGGAAUGAAGAGCAAGUAAUGUAGUAGUAGAUAGACGGGAUUUGAAGAUGAAGAGAUCAGUGUUGGUGGUAUCUAUUUGGUAUCUUCAACUACUGAUUCCAUUGAUUAGUUGUGUGGUGGAUCGGAGCCAGUUUCCUGCAACGUUUCUUUUUGGGACUUCUACAUCUUCUUAUCAGAUCGAGGGUGCUUACUUAGCCGGUAACAAAAGCCUUAGCAAUUGGGAUGUUUUCACUCACACACCAGAAAAAAUAAUAGGAGGAGGCAAUGGAGAUGUUGCAGAUGAUCACUAUCAUCGUUAUAUGGAAGACGUGGAGUUAAUGCAUUCUCUAGGAGUAAAUUCCUACAGAUUCUCAAUUUCAUGGUCCAGAAUCCUCCCAAGAGGUAGAUUUGGAGGAGUUAAUCCUGUGGCAAUUGAUUUCUACAACAACAUUAUCAAUGCUAUAUUGGUCAGAGGGAUACAACCAUUUGUUACAUUGAACCAUUAUGAUAUUCCUCAACUACUCGAGGAUCGAUAUGGGUCAUGGUUGAGUACACAAAUGCAGCAGGAUUAUGGAUACUUUGCAGAGGUAUGUUUCAAAGCUUUUGGUGAUAGAGUGAAGUAUUGGAGCACAUUCAAUGAGCCAAACAUGACAAUCACAUUAGGUUACCUUAGUGGAGAAUUCCCUCCAAACCACUGUUCACAGUCUACCUACUGCAGAUCUGGGGACUCAGCUAUUGAACCUUACAUUGCCGCACACAAUCUUAUAUUGUCACAUGCUAAUGCAGCUUAUAUCUAUAGAAAAAAAUUUCAGGCCAAGCAAGGUGGUAUGAUAGGGAUUGUACUCAAUGCAGCUUGGUAUGAACCACUCAGAAACAUUCCAGCAGAUUAUUUCGCGGUUCGACGGGCUCUAGCUUUCGACAAUGCUUGGUUCUUGGAUCCUAUAAUGUAUGGUGAUUAUCCUCCUGAAAUGCGCCAGAUUUUGGGUCGUAGGUUACCGAUGUUUUCGGCGAAGGAGAAGAACAAGUUAAAGAGCAAGUUGGAUUUUAUUGGGAUCAAUCACUAUACAACAACCUAUGUGAAAGAUUGCUUGUUCUCUCCUUGUGAUGAGGGUACUCCUCAAGGGGAUUCCUUUGUGUACUUCACAGGAGAAAGAGAUGGUGUUCUUAUUGGAGAGCCAAUGGCAAUGCCAAACUUCUAUGUGGUUCCAUAUGGUAUAGAGAAGAUUGUCUUAUAUUUUAAAGAACGAUACAACAAUACUCCAAUUUUCAUUACAGAAAAUGGGUUUGCACAAAAAAAUUAUGCUGGGGCUUCUAUUAAGGACUUCCUCAAUGACACAAAGAGAAUAGAAUAUUUGAAUGAUUACUUGACCUUUCUUGCUAAAGCCAUGAGGGAUGGUGGAGCUGAUGUGAGAGGUUAUUUCAUAUGGUCUCUUAUUGACAAUUUUGAAUGGUUAUUCGAAUAUACUUUGCGAUUCGGGCUUCAUUACGUUGAUUGGUUAACACUUGAGAGAAUACCGAAAUUAUCGGCUACAUGGUAUAAGCAAUUUUUAGACGGAAAUAAUACCAUCCUUAAACAAGAUCAGAUGGUCGUAGCUACAUGAGUAUUCGAUCCAACUCUACAUACCAUCAUACUAGCUAGAUGUGUUGUAUAUAUACACAAUAUAAUGUUGUUCAUUAAUUACUUGAUUUGUAAUUGUGUAUAUGUGUAUAUCAAAGGUUGUGGCUAUAUUCUGUACUCAAUUAUGAUUCUUACCUAUUCAAA